AAACAAACUAAAACACCUAAUUGUUGACACCCAACGGAAUGGUGUUCAGGCUCAAUCCAGCCAUUCGCUUGAAUGAGUCUUGUUAAGUAGUUUGUCAAUAUUUUGUCCUCGCGUUAAACGAAAUGAUGAUUUCACGACAAUACCCAGUCAUUGGAGAGGGAUUGAUUAAGGCAGGAAAAUAAAUUUAUACGCCGCGAUAUGAUUUAAUGAUUUUAUUUUCCGAUGUUAGUUGUGGUUUGCGAACGGGACCAUAGUUUCGAGUGUAAACAUUCGAGGAAUUAUUGGAGAUAUGUUAUUGUAAUACUCACUAUGCUAUUGAAACUGCGUGAAAGGGAAUUACGGCAUCGUUUACAUAAUUUCAAUGCGAUACAUCUGUAUAUCUGUUGUGAAUUCAAAUGUGAACAAAAUGUGUGAGGUUUAUAACUAAUUUUCUGAUAUUUAACUCUGUGAAAACAGUUUGAUUCGUAUGUUGUUGUUUUUUACAAAGGAAUAACUGGAAUACAGUUAAUAUUCACAUAGUGUGAGGAUAAUAUGCUUACAAAAUAAUGUUGAUACGUUUUUUUAGGAUUACGAGUUUGUGACUUAUAGUUUGUGAAAUAAUUGCUUCAAUAUAUACAUCAGAGAUUCACCCGUCAUAUUAUAUUCUUCGAAACGUUAAAACUUCACAUACACUGCAUUUAUUACCGUUCUUAAAAUGGAGGAUAGUUCAACAUGGAAACAACAACAACCAACGCAGUUCAAGCAAUCGUGAAAAGUGUUGAGUUGAGCUUCGUGAAUUACAUCCUGUUGGCCCUAAGCUGCGCAUUAGGGCUCGCCUUCAUCGCCGGCAUUGUCGCAAUCGUCCUCAAAGAGAUUAGUCGCUGGAGAGACGCCAAGGCUAUGCACCUGAAGCAAAAACUCAACAUCCGCCGGAAGGGGAUCAGCGGAGGGUCAGCGGUCAGACGCGGCCAGUCGUGCGACAGCUUCUCCGCGUCGGAAAUGACGUCAUAUAUUCAGUUGACGGAGACGCCCACAUCGAUACGGUGUAGUUCGGCAUGGACGCCUAGCCCCGUUACGCGGAACAGCGGCAGUAAUUCACCAACAUCCGGGAACUUUUCACUAUGACAUUGACAGCUGUUUGUGCUUUAUUGUAAAUAUAACAGUGGUCUUUAUAGAAUUGUAAAUAUUGUUUAAUGACGAGGCUCCUCCUUAUGAACAAGACAUGAGUCCUGUCAAGUAACAUGGAACCCAAAUUUCAAAAUGCAACCAUGGCCCAGUGUGUCUGUGUUUGUACACGCCCAAGGAUGGUUUUGACUUUAAACCUGAAAUUGUGACCUUGAAAGUGGACCUACGGACUUGCUUCAUGUGAACUUCAUGCUUUAUCAGUAAGGUUAACACUUGUGUAAUGUAGUUUCCAAACUCAAACAAUCAAUAAUACCAGUGCUUUCCACAGGAUUUUUGUCAGGCGCCCCGGGGCUGAUAGGGGUGGUUCGGGAGGGGCGUCCCCUCCCGACGUUGAUCUUUUUUUUAAUUUAACGUGUCAAUUCACGUUCUGUGGUGCGUUAUAACUCAUUAUUGCAUAAACUCUAUCUAUAAUGCCCUCUGGUGGGGUGCAGAAACUUGGCAAAGUGAGGGCUUGAACGGAAGAAAUCGUGCAUUAACAAGACGAUUCACGUGCCGUUCAAGCCCUGUUAUGUGUUUUUCAUAUCCAUAAUCUGGUCCACACGCAGUUACUUCCCUUCUCCAGCCUUCGACGACUUUCCAAGCAUAAAUGGGGAACUGAAUAAGCACCAGUUUCCUCAUGCAUGCAGGGAUAAUGGCAAUGUCUAUUUCAAUCCUCUUUUCAACUUAUACCAUCUGCACUCUCUUGACAACAGCUUUAUUGUAUUGGCAACGUCAAUGAAGUUUAGCAACUUAAGGUUAUUUACUCAACACUUUCAAAAGACUAUGCUGUAAACUUAAGUGAUUAUGUACCUUCAACGAUCCUGCUGUAAAUUCCAAAAUAUUUCCUCAUUUCUUAAUUUUCGCGGCUGCAUUUCAACUUUGCAACUUUGCCUAUCCGAAGUUAAAGCCUCGUCAUUUCGGAUGAUGACCGAGUGAGGCAUUUGUAAAACACAAUCUUGAACUGUAUUUAAAUAAUCGAAUUAUUUUGUCGAUGUCGAAUGAACAAAACAUUGUUUUCAAUGUUAUUUUAAAUUAUUUUGGUAUGUGUGAUUUGUUUAUGCAAUAAUAGCGAAAAUACACAUUU